AUGUUAUUCCCACCGAGAUACAGAUCUGCAGUCUUCCUCCUCACCUUUACCUUCUUUCCUCUUCGCCAGUCCCUCAAGCCACUGAUUGAAAAGCGUCGCCGUGCCCGGAUUAAUGCCAGCCUGGAGCAGUUGAGAAGGCUUCUUCAGCAGACAGCAGAGCAGCAGAAUACCAGAGCCUUGUCACGCCUGGAGAAGGCCGAGAUCUUGGAAAUGACUGUACAGCAGUUAGCACGGCUCAAGAAGCCAGACAUUGUCUCAAAAAACGGCCAGGACUUUGCUGCUGGUUACCGCCACUGUCUCAACGCUGUAAGCACCUUUCUAAGCUCAGUUGGUUCUUCGCUGGAUCAAAACACCAGAUCCCACAUCUUGCGUCAGCUGGAGACUACCACCAAGGUGAAGGCUGCUAUUGCUCCAGCUCCUUCUCCCAAAGUCUGGCAACCCCAAGGUGACUUGCCCACCACUAAACCCCUCCAAAGCCCUGCUUUUCUCCAGGUAGCUGCUCCUUCGGGCUUGCUGUCUUCAGGACCUGCCUUAACUAUGACACCUGCAGAGACUCAACCAACUCCCAGGAGGCAGCUGGCUUAUCCUCCUCCAACGCUUACUUCACUGUCUCAACCAAGUUUCCUCCCUUCGCUUUCCCAGACACUGGAGACCGCUCCAACUGCAGCCCAGAUAUGGAGGCCCUGGUGAGCUGUCACCUAAAGAACAGGACUCUAACCUUAUUGGGGUUUUCUAUGGGACAGGUCAAAGCGUGGAUGUGGGGACACAGCCUGCCCUCAGCUAAGCCUCUGUGCUUCCCUAAAGGCUGGAGCACGUGAGAACUCCAAAUUUUAAGGGGCCAGAUUCUACAUCCUAUUUUCAAGGCAAGAGAAUCGGUACUUAGUGAUGUGCCUAUCACCCUAUUAGCGCCCAGAUGUACAGCAUGGGAAUACCUAGGAAGAUCCUGCACAGCAUGUGCAAAUAGAUUUAAGUCACGCAUCAUUUCCUUUGUUCUGUUCCAAACACAUUUAUGAAAGGGUUUACAUAGCAGUGUUUGCUGUGGCAGCGAACUGCCUCAAGAGCCCAGGAGAU